AUGAGAAAGGGCAACAAAGCCGUCCCUGAGAAAUCGGAGGAGGAACUUGAUAAAGGGUUUCAGUACAUCAGAGAUGAGGGAGAGCGGGACAAGGGGAAUCUGAAGCAGCUACUUUGGAUUCAGAAAAACAUCAGCGGGAAUACGCCCAUCAAGGGAUGGAGGGAUGGUUUGGUUCAGCGUUGCCUCGACAGUCUCGCUACGGAUGCCACAAUGGCUGAGCUCAUCACUCGCUCGGACCUCAUCAUUUCCGAUUUCGAAGAUGCAAUCCAGGACAUCAUUUCUAAAAUUGCCCCUUACCUUCGCGAGCACGCACUGUGGAUUCUUGGCGAGCCCGGUAAAGGGAAAACCCCUUUGGGUAGGGUGAUCGCAAUGAUGUUCUCUCGCUAUCAUGGUGGUCGAGGCAGUUAUCGCAGUGCUAGUGACUUUGACUACUUUCGCGGGUGUCCCUUCUCCAAGGAAGUCUCUGCCAUAUAUGACGACGGGGAGAUUGGCUUAGAGCCAGUCAAAAAGAAAAAAGCUUUCUCUGAUGUGGCAGACACUGAGACCCUCACCCGUGAGCGCUGGACUGCUGCGAAAUUCAAGCAGAACCAGCUUCGUGUCGUCAUUGACAAUGCUUAUGAGCCCGCACAUGAACCCCCUAUCGAGCCAGGAGACAUGUCAAGUGUGGACAUCAUGGCUAUCUUGAAGCGCUCAGCAUUCAUCCUCGUGUCAAAAACAUCCGUGUACUGGCGUCUUCCAGGGCCCAUUGAGAAGGACGUGAACCGCAUGAGUUGGCUUCUCCCUGAUCUCGUCAAGCCGUCCUCCAAGCACAUCAUCGCAAACUUCAGAAAGAAAGGUCCCCCCCCUGCAGACCAGGAGAGCCGUCUUCUGUGGGAAAACACUUGGCUGCAGGAGGCCAUUCGUCGGCAUGAUAGUCCAGACGCUGUCCCUCCGCCUGCACCACUGUUAGAAGCAGUUCGCGUCAAGCGUGAGCGCAUCACAUGGGCAAGGGCUUUGUCAGCACAGUCUCUCCAUGCACCCAUCGACUUGGAAUCGCCGUCUCCUAAGAAGGUCAAGGUCAACGAUCUCGCAGUUCGCAACCCUGACUUUCUUCAUCUUCAUGAGAAUUCUGAUGUCGAGGAAACGAAGGAUGGGGAUGACGUAAUUCCAAGGGUGGGCGAAGCGCCAGAUGGCUGCGAGGAAGGGGGUGCCCUGUCUACUCUUGAGAGGGACCUAGAGGAAAUCAUGGAUGACAUGCCUGGGGACCAGAUGGAUGUGGCAUCCUUCGGCAGUGAGAAGUCAAAAGCUCCCUGGCCCGCUCCCAAGCGCGGGAAAAUGCGGGCUGUAUUGAAAAAGCCUUCCAAGAAGAACACGUUCACUUCCGUCCCCUACGUUCGUCAUGGCAACGUCUCCGAAAAGUUUCGAGCACACAAUCAACGGUGGGGUCGUUCCAUUCACUCCUUCAUGACCAUGUCCUACCUUGACUUGGUCAAGACACUCCAGAAAGACAAGAUACUACCGGACUGGCAGGGUUGCACUUGUCCUCGAUGUGGGGAGGGAACAAUCGGCAAGCUAAAGUUCGUGAAGUCUCGUGAGUCCUGGAUGUAUCAGUGUAGUGGGAAGCGGUGCAAGAAGUACUUGCAAGUGGACGACUUUCACCCCAUCUUCUUUCGCGGGAACGGCAACUCGGUCACCCCCUUGAAGGCUCAGGCCGCCAUCCUUUACGCAGCCGUCGCCGGUGUUCCCAUUAACUCCGCACACCUUAUCAUGGACGUCGAUCACAAGCCCGUGGAGCGCAUCUACAACAAUUUAGAUGUGGCUCGGGCAAGGUAUGUGGAGCAAGAGGAAAAGUCCAUUACCUAUGGUCGCCCCAAUGACUCCACCUGGGUAGAUGUUGAGGCUGACGAGGACCAGGGCCAAUCCGAAAGUAUGACUGGCGUGCGAUUGGGACCCCCCUUCUCAGUGAUCGUCAUGUGGUUUUGCACACAGAUGGAGCCAGGGCAUACAAGCUGA